GUGUAUGAUUUAAGCUGCAGGAGGAGGAAGAAGUAACAAGUCAAGAAGACGUCGAGCGGACGAGCGACUCGGACGCCCUUGGGAAAAUUUAUUAUAUAUUUUUUUAAAGUGCACUUUCUGUGCGCAAAGCGAAGACCACCAUAGGGGAAAAAAAAAGACAAAGAAAAGGAGGCACGAAAGAGGUCAUGGAAACGUGCUCGCGGAUUCUCCUGCUGCUCCUGCUGCUGCACUGCGCUGCCGUCUUGUCCUUGUCCACACGUAAUGCUGACCUUCAUGUGUCAAAAGAAAACGUCAUCAAAGCAGAUUCAGAAGAUGUGGCAUUGGUCUACCCCCAGGAUCCCGUCCUCCGUGUGGGCUCCAACCUGACGGCCAGCUGCUGGGUGCACCCGGACGGCGGCGUCCACGCCGGCUCGCUGUACUGGACGCUUAACGGCCAGAGGCUGCCGGCCUCCACGUACCAAACGCUGAGCCCCACCAACCUCAGCGUGACGCUCAGCGGUCUUAACGCCUCGCGACAGACGUCCGGCGACAAUCUGGUGUGCCACAACCACAAGGGACACAUCCUGGCCGGCUCCUGCAUCUACGUCGGAAUGCCUCCGGAGAAGCCUCUCAAUUUGACGUGCUGGUCGCGGAACACCAAAGACCUGACGUGCAGCUGGGCACCGGGAGGGAAGGGGGAGACCAGCAUUAGCACCCAGUACUUGCUCAAGUACAAGCUUAGGUGGUACGGCAAGGAGAAGGAGUGCGACGACUACAUUCACGCUCAGGCGUACUCGUGCAGCAUCACCCGCGACCUGCACCUCUUCACCCCUUACGAGAUCUGGGUGGAGGCGUCCAACCAGCUGGGCCGCGCCGCUUCCGACGUCAUCGCGCUGGACAUUCUAGACGUGGUGACCACGGACCCUCCGUCGGGGGUGACGGUGAGUCGCGUAGGGCAGCUGGAGGACCAGCUGAGCGUCCGCUGGGAGGCCCCACCGGGGCUCAAGGACUUCCUGUUCCAGGCCAAGUACCAGAUCCGCUACAGGCUGGAGGACAGCCAAGACUGGAAGGUGAUGGAUGACGUGGGCAAUCAGACUUCUUGCAGGCUGGCGGGACUCAGACCUGGAACUGUGUAUUUUGUGCAGGUCCGAUGUAACCCGGUGGGCAUCUACGGUUCCCGCAAAGCUGGAAUCUGGAGCGAGUGGAGUCAUCCCACUGCUGCGUCCACACCGCACAGUGAGCGGACGGCGUCAGGCUCGUGCGACCCGAAGUCGAGCGGCGACUCCAACUCGACGCUGCGGCGCGAGCUGAAGCAGUUCUUCGGCUGGGCGCGCAAACACGCGUACGGCUGCAGCAGCAUGUCCAUGAAGCACUACGACCAGUGGCGGGUGCUCAUGCAGAAGUCGCACAAAGCACGCAACCAGGUAGGUUCUCCAAGGGGAUAAGUCGUAGCACAUGCCCAGUGGAAAAACAACACAGAGCGAUCGGAAUGACAAGCGGAGGAUGCUCGUAAAACAUGUGGAAAGACUGCUUUUUCUUGUUGUUGUUUUUCUUGCGGCCAGACGACAUCCGGAGAUGUUGCAUUUUCGUCCCCCAGCCUGACAAGAAGGCCAUCGGGCACUUUGGAAACGCACAACAAAACAUUGCAGCACAGUCAAUCCCCGCAUAUUCUUAGUUUGGCAUUUGCAUAUUCGCAGAUUUGAAUAGUAUAAAGCGUAAGUACGAUCGCGAAACUAUUUUGUUUUCACUUCAAAGUCCCCACACCUUCCCUUUUAAAAAUGGCUUACAGUUGAUUUCAUUUAUUUCAAAAGGCACCAGAGGUGCACAUGUUCAUGCACUUGGUGCAAAGACUCUCCACUAUCAACCCAUGCUAAACAUAGCUACCUACAAAACCUCUCUUUCUCUCUCUCUCUGUUGUGAUGUCACUUCAACAUACUUCCUUGACACCAAAAUUCAGCCAAUAGGUUCCGCAAUUACAAAUUGAAAAUAGGGGACCAGUGAACCUUGAAUCUGCACGGGAUCACGUACACUGCAUGGUCCAAGUGCCUAAUUUGGAUCGAAUGCCAUUUUUUGAAAAUGUAUUUAUUUUUUGGGGCUGUCUAUUCCAUUUACAUUUCAAGUGACGCAUAUCCAAAAGAAAUCGUUUUUUUUUUUUUUUUUUUUUUUUUACGAAUGGAACACAUGAGACAAACCAAAGACACAAAUUGAAUGCAAGUACCACCACAAGCAUCAGCAGCAUUGUAAUAAACUUGAACCGUGCAGCGUAAAUCCAGCCCCUCACGUUCAUGCGGUAAUUCUAACGUGUAUUAUAAAGUGGCAGAAGUAUUUUUUGUUGUCGUUUUGUUUAAGCCAGACGUCUCUCGCCUCGCCGCCUUUAUUUUUGUACUGAAUCACAGCAGCAUAUUUAAGAGUGUGUAAAGUGAUGUUUGAUUUCUUAUUUCUAAGUUAUGUUUUAGCUAGUGAAUAAAUAUUCAUGACUGACUGAA